UCCCAGGGGACCCGGUUCGAGCGAAAAAAAACCGUGGAACUAAAUGGAAUUUUGGACGUUGACAAUGUCUUCUGGCUUUACUCUACUUUUGAAACAUGUUUAACAUUCUUUGACAAGUAGUGUUGUUUUGAGGGACGAGAACGACAAGCGAAUCAUGGCGCGGAAUGGCCGCGAUUGUAGAACGUUCUACUGUCGAGAAUGGGUGUUUGAAAAAAUUCAAACUUGUGUUGAACGAAGGAAGCAACAAGAAGAUACUAAAACGAAAGGGGCUUUUAUUUUAGGAGGACCUGGCUCGGGAAAAACGACAAUUUUACGUGAACUUGUGUCUCCGACAACUAAAGAAGGUGUUCAAACGGAGUUGGCAAAGAGAGUUGUUGCUUCUCAUUUCUGCCAAGCCCAAAAUGCAAUUUCUGUUUCUGUAGCAGACUUCAUCUUAAAUCUCGCCAGGCAACUCGCUAAAGCAGAGGAGCUGAAGGCAUACGCUGCCAAAUUCAACGACCCCCAGAUUCAAAAUCACCUCAAAAGUGAACAGUGUAUUCGAAAUCCAGAUCGUUCUUUUAAAGAAGGUAUACUACUGCCUCUUAAUUCGCUUCCACCGCCUCAGGAAAUCUUCUUGGUCGUGGUGGACGCCAUCGAUGAAUCUUACCUACAUUCUUUCGAUUCCGGUGUUGCAUCUGGCAGCCGAACUGUUGCUGAGUUAAUGGCCACACACCACGAUCUACUCCCCCCUUGGCUCUUUCUGGUGGUCAGUGCAAGAAAGCAAUCGAAAACAGUCACUAGGAUGUUUACAGGAUUUCGAAAGUUCACUUUAGACGAUCUUCGGAAAGCACAUGUGGUUAAGGACAUUCAACAGUACAUUUUGAAUCGCUUAGACGACGAGCCCAGUUUAAGGAAACACUUAACCAGGGAAACGGCAGAAGCAUUUAACCAGCUUCACAUCAAAAGCAAUGGUUGUCUUCUUUAUUUGGAAAAAUUGUUGGAUGGAGUGGUCGAUGAAUUUUUCACCUUGGAUGAGACCCAGGACAUUCCAGGCACACUGUCUGGUCUGUACCUGUGGCUGUGUAAUAGGUUAUUCACAGAGGAACAAGUUGACAAGAUCAGGUCGGUCUUGAAUGUUAUUUUAGCUGCUCAAAGGCCUUUAACUGACUCUGAAAUGUUCCAUGCAGUCUGGACAAAAGACACAGAUCUAACUGUGGAAGACUUUUUGGAAACACUUGACUUGAUGUCACAUCACAUUCUCAUGGAUGACAAUGGUGUUAAAAGCAUAUCCCAUCUGUCCUUUGCUGAGUGGCUCUUGGAUGCAAAGCACUGCACGCCAAAGUUUCUUUGCAACCCAGGAGAUGGGCAUGCCAUGCUAGCAUUGCAUUACACUCAACUCUCUCAGAAACAACAGCUGGCUCAUCCACACCAACUUGCAUUCCACUUGAGCCGUGCAUCUUUUAGGGAGUUUUUCACACAAGACCACCUCGCUCUCUGGCUUCUGUGGAGUGGAACCCAAAUCUCAGACAUCCAACUCAACACAGAUGCCCUGAAUCAAGAGGUUGCCCGGCUGUUACUAAAUGCUGGUGCCAAGGUAAAUGAACUUGAAGAACAAGCUGCUUUGCUUCCCUUUGCACCAGAGACAGAAGAUUCUGUUAAAGCUCUGUUGGAGAAAGGAACAUCUGUUGAUCGUGUUGACAGUUCUGGUAGAACAUUGCUAUGCAAUGCUGCAUUCAAUGGCAGCGUUGAUGUAGUACGGCUUCUUAUUAAACAUGGAGCAAAUGUCAACUUUUCAGACACUUCAGGACAGUCUCCGCUAAUGUUAGCAUCAAGACAAGGGCAUAAUGAAAUUGUGUACCUUCUUGUGAACUGUGGUGCAUCAGUUAAUCACUGUGCCGAUGAUGGAUGCACUGCAUUGAGGGCUGCAGCCUCGGGUGGGCACACUGAUGUUGUUUCUGUUCUUUUGGAUCACUCUGCAGAAGUAGACUUGGCAGACGACGAUAAACGUACUGCAUUACGUGGUGCAUCAUGGGGUGGUCACAGCGAUGUUGUAUUACAACUACUUCAGCAUGGGGCAAACCCUAAUCUUACUGACAAAGAAGGAAGGACAGCAUUAAUUGCUGCAGCUUACAUGGGUCACAAGAAAGUUGUAGAAAUACUGCUGGAUCAUAAAGGAGAGAUAAAUCAUGCCGACAAUGAUGGAAGAACUGCUUUAGCUGUAACAGUUCUUUGUGUUUCAUCUAGUGAGAAUCAUGAGGCUGUUGUUGACCUUCUGUUAAGGCGUGGUGCACAAGUUGAUCAUCCUGAUUUUGAUGGCUUAACGCCACUAUGUGUUGCUGCUCUUGAGGGAUACUUCAAUGUUGCCAAGUUAUUAGUCAAAGCUGGGGCAGACAUGGGACACUGGGACAGAAAUGGACGGACACCUCUGUUUGCAGCAGCUGCUAAUGGUCACUGCAACAUUGUAGAUUUGUUUUUGGCAACUUCAGAAGAUAGGAAACCUGACCCUUCAACCUGGAUGUCACCAACAUUUUCAAUGUUCCGUCCAGAUCAUAGUGGUUGGGAUCCAUUGAUGGUAGCUGCCAAUCAAGGACACAAAGAUGUUGUUUGUUCUCUCCUUGCUGCAAACCUGGAUGUCAAUGCACUUGAUCCUGAUGGUAGGUCUGCACUGAUGUUAGCUGCACAGGAAGGCCAAGUUGAUGUUGUGUCAGCACUUAUUGAGUAUGGUGCACCCAUUGAACAAGCAUCUUCUGAUGGUCGCACAGCAUUGCAUUUUGCUGCUAUGGAGGGGCAUGAGGAAUGCGUACAGCAUCUUGUUAAUCUUGGUGGAGAUGUCAAUCAUCAGGACAGUCUUGGACGCACACCUCUGUUUGCUGUUUCCAUCGAGAAAAACAAACAGAUGGUUGAACUAUUGUUGGAUCUUGGAGCUUUUGUAGACAGCAAGGACAUGGAAGGACGGACACCUCUUCAAGCAGUAGCAUGGAAGGGAGCCUAUGAGCUUGUGGAGCUCUUUAGUAACAGAGGUGCAGCAAUUAAUCAUGCAGAUUGUGAAGGACGCACAGCUUUGAUGUCAGCAUCAUGGAAGGGCCAUGUUUCUGUUGUGCAGUUAUUAAUUCAAAAGGGAGCAAAAGUUGACAAAACAUCCCAGGAAGGAGCCACAGCCCUUUGUAUUGCAUCGCAAGAAGGUCACGAUGAAGUAGUGCAAAUGUUAUUAGAGCAUAAUGCAAACAUGAAUCAUGCCGACAAGCUGGGAAGAAGUCCAAUGCAAGUUGCUCAUGAAGCUGGCCAUACAAGAGUUACCAAAGUUCUGGAGGCAUUCAGCGUGAUGAGAUUGAAUGAUGGUAAUUUUACCAGCACAUUAAAGAGAAAGCUUUCGUCAGCACAAUCAGAAAGUAGCAGUACAGUCUCAAACAGCAGCCUUGCAGAAAAGCCGCAAAGAUCAGACAGUGUUUCAUCCUCAAAUAGUUCUGAAUCUCCUCCUGCCUCAAGAAAGGAACUUCUGGCACCAGGUUCAACUCAUACACUUGGACCAAAUGGAGAAAUUCUCGAAGAAAGACGUUACUCUGCUAGUUUCCGUGACGUGCACACUGUUCAGUCAAUCAAGGAGCCUUGGAAUAGGGCCUGCCCUCCAUACACAUCAGAAUUGGAUGUAGUAAACCCUCCCCCUUACACAGAGAAACCUGUAAGAACAUCUCUGGUUGAAGAUGAUGUGGUUACUGUUGCAACUAUGCCCCCUCCAUCGGGCAAACAAAAGCAGUUUAACUUGCUUCACAAAAUGAAGCAAAAAGGAAAAAGUGCAUUCACUUCCAGUGGUCAUGGAAAACAUGGAAAAGUGAUCAGCAAGCAUAAAAGUCAUGGAGAAAGACGUGGAUUUUUCUCUGGUAUAAAACAGCUUGGUGGAAGUGCGUCUGGUGCUGGUUCAUCAAAAUCCAGAGAAGGAAAACUAGGAAAUUCAAAAGGUUCAAAUGAGUCGAUGGAAACAAAAAUCUAACUUCUAUGACUGUGGGCUUUGUGCUUAGCUUUAGCUUUUUAGUAGCUACAUCUCUAAACAGAAAAAAAAUCAGGUUUAGUGUGCUUUUGACACAACAGAGCACACUUCUGCACCAACCUUUUUAUACUGGAUUUUAUUAACCCUUGGUAUUUAAAAAAAAAACAUUUUCAUGCUUAAUAUUUAAUUCUAAGUUUUUUUUACACAAAAAUCAGUGAACAUAUUCCAUUAGCAGAUCCAGGCCUUCAGAUAAGGGGAGAUGCUUGUCUGAAAUUUUUCAGACAAAGUAUGUUACAUUUUGGGUCUUCAUCUAAGGUCUGUGGGUCUCCACAAGUAGCUCUGUCAAUGGAUUCAAAUAUCAGGGCACUUUUAAUCCAAAAUAAUCCCUUGAAUGUAGUACUGGAUUUUAUCAGGGCUCUAAAGUACAUGUUUACCUUUGAGUUUUAUAGUUGAUUUGUAAUUUUUUGAGGGAAGUUCACAUUAACCCUUUCAAUUCCUAAGAUCUGAUUGUUAAUUCUCCCCUCUAGCUGAUAUAGAUUUCCUUGUAAAUUAGUGACAGGAAUUUGUUGUCAGAUCAAGAUAUCAUCUUUGUUGAGUAUUCUUUGAGUAUUCUGAUCACUUGUUUCCUGGAUAUUGUAUGAAUAUUAUAGGGAGAAGGUACAUGUUAAUCACUUAUGGGUGGUACGAAAUAGGUAGAUAAGAGCUUGAAUGCAGUUACUCCUAAGGGAAUUUUGGGUGUUGCAUUCACAGAAGUAGUCCAGAAUGUUGAGACUUCUACUUUCACUUCAUGAGACUAUUACCCCAAAAUUUAUUUUCUACCAAAAAGUGCUUGUAACUCAAGCCAGUUUUAAGUCAUCAGAGAGAAAUACUGAUUCCUCACUUAGGUUGUAUAACAAUGAAAUAUUUACUUGUCAGAGGUAUUGACUAUUUUUAACUGUUGCCAUUGUAACCAUGAAAAAGAAUAAUUAUUACAAAAGCAACAGUUAUGUUUUUUUACCAUAUAAGUAUUCUUUACAUAGAUACAGAAAGGCUUAUUUAAAAUGUGCAGUAUGCAACAUGUGAAUGAAAGGGUAAGAAACAUUUACUUAAUGUAAAGUAAUAAAUUUUUUUGCAUGUCAAGUUUACAUGAUGAUAUUGUAAUUUCCUCCUAGAAUGGUGUUUUGAAAUUCAAGUGCUGACAUAUUGUAGAAAAAUAUGAUGUUUGUAUAACAUUUUUAAGUUAGUAUAAUGCAAUAUACUUUAACGGUUAUGGAACUGCAACUAAGAAGAUAGUUGAGGUUUUAAAGCUUGUUGAAAUUUCAUCAGGGGCUGAAUGUUAUCUAAAACAGUGAAAUAAUUUGUUAAGUCGAUUAGAGUGAUGAAUUAGCUUUCAUAUGAUAACAUUAUUACAUUACAUAUAAUGAAUAAUCAUUAAAAGACUGCCUUGAAUAUGAUAAAGCCAAGAACAUUUUUGCAGGCCCUGUAGCUUAACUCUCCCUAUUUGCCAAAUAGGUUUUGAUUAAAGAGCAGCUUUUUGAA